AUGUCGGCGGGCGGCGGCGGCGGUGGCUUUGAGCUCCUGUAGCGCGGCUCAUCUGUGUGACAGGGGCCGGGCGGAGGCGGCCUGAGAGUGGUCGGGGAGGGGACACGAGGCGGAGGGCGGGUGGCCGGGCGCUCCGGGUGCACGGGUCGCUACCGGGAAUGCGCUGCAGCCCCCCGAGCAGCCUGGAAGGCGAGCCCCGCAGGAGCUCUUCAUGCCGCCCACCGGCUUAGAGUCUUCCAGGAUGAACAGGAAGAAAGGAGACAAGGGCUUCGAAAGCCCACGGCCGUACAAAUUAACCCAUCAGGUCGUCUGUAUCAACAACAUAAACUUCCAGCGGAAAUCUGUUGUGGGAUUUGUGGAGCUAACUAUAUUCCCUACAGUUGCCAACUUGAAUAGAAUCAAGUUGAACAGUAAGCAGUGUAGAAUAUACCGAGUCCGGAUCAAUGACUUGGAGGCUGCUUUUAUUUAUAAUGACCCAACCUUAGAAGUUUGUCACAGUGAAUCAAAACAGAGAAACCUCAAUUAUUUUUCCAAUGCAUAUGCAGCUGCAGUCAGUGCUGUGGACCCUGAUGCGGGGAAUGGAGAACUCUGCAUUAAGGUUCCCUCAGAGCUCUGGAAACAUGUCGAUGAGUUGAAAGUCCUGAAGAUACAUAUUAAUUUUUCUUUGGAUCAGCCAAAAGGAGGUCUUCAUUUUGUGGUACCCAGUGUAGAGGGGAGUAUGGCAGAGCGGGGUGCUCAUGUCUUCUCUUGUGGUUAUCAAAAUUCUACAAGAUUUUGGUUCCCGUGUGUUGAUUCAUACUCUGAGCUGUGUACCUGGAAAUUAGAAUUUACAGUAGAUGCUGCAAUGGUAGCCGUGUCCAAUGGAGAUUUGGUGGAGACAGUGUAUACUCAUGACAUGAGGAAGAAGACCUUCCAUUAUAUGCUUACUAUUCCUACAGCAGCAUCCAAUAUCUCCUUGGCCAUCGGACCAUUCGAAAUACUUGUGGAUCCAUAUAUGCAUGAGGUUACCCAUUUUUGUUUGCCUCAACUUCUUCCGUUACUUAAACAUACUACGUCAUACAUUCACGAAGUUUUUGAAUUUUAUGAAGAAGUUUUGACUUGCCGCUAUCCGUACUCCUGUUUUAAGACGGUCUUCAUUGAUGAGGCUUACGUUGAGGUGGCCGCUUACGCUUCUAUGAGUAUUUUCAGGUUGGUGUCCCUUCAGAUGGAGAGUGCCCAAGUUAAAGUACAUACGAGGAGAAGCUCUCGGCUCAUCAGUUUUGAGACUGGUUUUGAGCAUCAUGUAUGAUUGAGUUCAUAGGUAGUCUGGUCUGAUGAAUGGGUGCUGAAGGGAAUUUCAGGCUAUAUUUAUGGACUGUGGAUGAAAAAAACAUUCGGAGUCAAUGAGUACCACCAUUGGAUUAAAGAGGAGCUAGAUAAAAUAGUGGCGUAUGAACUGAAAACUGGGGGAGUUUUACUUCAUCCCAUAUUUGGUGGUGGAAAAGAAAAGGAUAACCCCGCAUCUCACCUCCACUUUUCCAUAAAGCAUCCGCAUACACUGUCCUGGGAGUACUACACUAUGUUCCAGUGUAAAGCUCACCUCGUGAUGAGACUGAUAGAAAACAGAAUCAGCAUGGAAUUUAUGCUGCAAGUUUUCAAUAAACUACUAAGUCUGGCCAGUACUGCUUCAUCACAGAAGUUCCAGUCACAUAUGUGGAGCCAGAUGCUGGUUUCCACUUACGGGUUUUUGAAGUCCAUUUCCAAUGUCUCUGGCAAAGACAUCCAGCCCUUAAUAAAGCAGUGGGUAGACCAGAGUGGAGUGGUAAAGUUUUAUGGAAGUUUUGCGUUUAAUAGAAAACGAAAUGUUUUAGAACUAGAGAUAAAGCAAGAUUACACAUCUCCUGGCACCCAGAAGUACGUGGGACCUCUUAAAGUGACAGUGCAAGAGUUAGAUGGAUCCUUCAACCAUACCUUGCAAAUUGAAGAAAACAGCCUUAAGCAUGACAUACCCUGCCACUCCAAAAGCAGAAGGAAUAAGAAGAAAAAAAUCCCACUUAUGAAUGGGGAAGAAGUCGAUAUGGAUCUUUCUGCAAUGGAUGCUGAUUCCCCUUUGUUGUGGAUAAGGAUAGACCCAGAUAUGUCUGUCCUGAGGAAGGUGGAGUUUGAGCAGGCUGAUUUUAUGUGGCAGUAUGAGCUCCGCUAUGAGAGAGAUGUUGUUGCUCAGCAGGAAUCCAUCUUGGCCUUGGAAAACUUCCCCACCCCAGCGUCGCGCCUCGCGCUCACUGAUAUACUAGAGCAAGAGCAGUGCUUCUACCGCGUGAGGAUGUCAGCGUGCUUCUGCCUCGCAAAGAUUGCAAACUCAAUGGUGAGCACAUGGACAGGACCACCAGCCAUGAAGUCCCUCUUUACUAGAAUGUUUUGCUGUAAAACUUGUCCCAACAUCGUGAAAACAAACAACUUCAUGAGUUUCCAGAGUUAUUUUCUGCAGAAGACUAUGCCGGUCGCAAUGGCUUUGUUAAGAGAUGUACAUAAUCUUUGUCCUAAAGAAGUUUUAACAUUUAUUUUAGACUUAAUCAAGUACAAUGACAACAGAAAAAAUAAGUUUUCAGAUAACUAUUACCGUGCAGAGAUGAUUGAUGCCCUGGCUAAUUCUGUUACACCUGCUGUCAGUGUGAAUAAUGAAGUCAGAACUUUGGAUAACUUAAAUCCUGAUGUGCGACUAAUUCUUGAAGAAAUAACCCGGUUUCUGAAUAUGGAAAAACUUCUCCCAAGUUACAGACAUACUAUAACUGUCAGUUGCUUGAGAGCCAUACGGGUGCUUCAGAAGAACGGACACGUGCCAAGUGAUGCGUCUCUCUUCAAAUCCUAUGCUGAGUAUGGCCACUUCGUGGACAUCAGGAUAGCAGCUCUGGAAGCCGUCGUUGAUUACACUAAAGUGGACAGGAGUUAUGAAGAACUUCAGUGGCUACUUAAUAUGAUUCAGACUGACCCUGUUCCCUAUGUGAGGCAUAAGAUUCUAAACAUGUUGACUAAAAAUCCGCCAUUCACAAAGAACAUGGAAUCUCCUUUAUGCAACGAAGCCCUGGUAGACCAACUCUGGAAGCUGAUGAAUUCUGGCACUGCACAUGACUGGAGGUUACGGUGUGGUGCUGUGGACUUGUACUUCACGCUAUUUGGCCUCAGCAGACCUUCUUGCUUACCCUUGCCAGAGCUCGGGCUUGUUCUUAACCUAAAAGAGAAGAAAGCUGUCUUGAAUCCUACCAUUAUUCCAGAAGCUGGAGUAGGCAACCAGGAGUCUGCGAGUAACCCAGGCUGCCACACUCAGCUAGCUGGAUUCCAGAACCCCUUUUCAAGUUCUCAGGAUGAGGAGGAGGUUGAUAUGGAUACUGUUCACGAUAGUCAAGCCUUCAUUUCCCAUCAUCUGAACAUGCUCGAAAGGCCGUCCACUCCAGGGCUCUCUAAGUACCGACCAUCCGGCUCCAGAUCCUCCUUAAUGCCCCAGCACUCAUUAGGCUGUGACAUCACGCCAACCGCAAAGCCCCAGUGGAGUAUGGAACUGUCCCGUAAGGGAGCAGGUAAAGAGCAGCCUUUGGAGAUGGGUGUGCAUUCCAUGGUGGCAGCCCCGCUCUCCAUGUUUGCUAAGGAGGCUCUGUCGUCCCGACACAGCGAGCACCAUCACCACCAUCACCAUGAGCACAAGAAGAAGAAGAAGAAGCACAAGCACAAACACAAGCACAAGCACAAGCACGACGGCAAGGACAAGGACAAGGAGCCCUUCGCUUUCUCCAGCCCUGCCAGCGGCAGGUCUGUGCGCUCCCCCUCACUCUCAGACUGAAGCCUGGCCCUCUAUGGAGAGAGAGACACAAGCAGGGAGUGUGGGGAGACUGCAGCGGAUGCUUGAGGUCUGCUUUGGAUGUCUAUCUGUAUAGCUGAGAUUUCAAUAGGAAUGAGUGGUUUGGUUCUGGAUGAAUGUCCCCCCCACCCCACCCUCCCUAUUCUUCCUGAAAACACAGAAUGACUUUUAUAAAAGCCUUCAUAUCCACUGCAGGCCCAUUCAGAUGCUGGUCUCCUGUGGACUGACAAAGUCAGGUAUGCUUGAAAGCCUUUGAUGGAUGUCAUAGGCAGAAGGACCUAUGUUUCAACAGAAACAACUGCCAGAUGUGUGGGACCCAGCGGUUCCAUGAAGUACUGGAUACUGCCCCUUGGGAUUGCUGGAGAGGCUGUUCUGUAGGACUCGACCCCUCUCGACUGCUUUUUCUGUUAGCCAUUGAAACUGAGCACCAUCAUUUAUGAGCAAAGAGUCUUAUAUUUCUUUUUACCCUAAAGUACAAAAAGUUUUGAAAGAAAUUAUUUUUUAAAAAUUUAAAGUAACUAUCUUUUGAUAGUACAUUUGGUGAUUAUGAUGUUGCAUUGUAGCAGAUCCAACAUUAUUUUCAAAUCAAGAUGUUUAAAUUAUGUUUUGUUUUGUCUUCCAUUAAGUGCAAGUGAAUGUGUCCAUAUGUAAAAUAUGUUUUGCUGAAUGUGGACAGUUUACACACACACAUAACACAUGUUCUUUCUAAAAUUUCUCUGUA